AUUUACAGCUGACAUUUUUGUAUUGUGUAGUAUUGAUUUAAUUCCAAACUAAGUUUAUUAAAAUGUAAAUAGAGAAAGCCAUCCAAAAGUAAUUUAUUUUAUUAUUAAAAUGGCAAAACCACAAGGCAAAGUUUAUCUGGGAUAUGAAGAAGAAAUAAUAAGUGACAAAAAUCAAACCCUCCUGAAUUACACAGUCAAUAAAAUCGGCGGUUUACCAGACUGGCCGCCUUUGACAAAUUUACAGCUUUCUUCCAAAUGCCCUUUGUGUGGCUUGCACAGGUUAUUGAUCGUGCAAUGUUACGCGCCAAUUGAAAAUUCUAUAUACCAUCGUACUUUGUAUGUAUUUGCUUGCAUCAGCCCCAACUGUUGGAUUCAGUCGGAAAGUUGGCUAUGUGUCCGUAGUCAAAUCCAAGAUACACCUUCAGACUCCAGCACCAUUGUUGCAAUGCCAAGCUGUGACCCAAACAUGACCUGGUGCAAUGGAGCAGACGAGUGGGAUGAAAAUGAUAAUGGAGACUCGGCAAAUGGAAAUAUCAUGAAUGUGGAUAAUGUACUCAGCUCGAACAAUGCUUCCAUGCAGAGGAAUUCCGAUGAAGAUGAAGAAAGCAAUUCGUUUGAACUGGAAUCAGUCGAGCAAGCUUUGGGAAACCUUCAAAUGUUUGAUGCACAUAAUGCGAAUAUGUCACCAGUUCAAGGUGCAGUAGGUGCAAUUGGCGUGCCCGUUGCUGCUGCAGAACUGGAAGGUGGGGAUGAGCCUGGAUUGGUGACUGUGGACAAACCCACAUCCCCUACUGAUGACAUGCAAGCUUUGUUACAUCAGACAGCAGAGUUACCACCAGAUAUUAGAAACCGACUUGUAUGUGGGCCCUUGCAAUUUGUCCCAAAAUAUAUUUAUGUGGAAGAAGAAUGGAGGAAGGCAUCAAUGAAUGAUGACAAAGUCACAGAGCUACUAAAUAAAUAUAAGCAAGACAAUGAAAUGGAAUUAUCGUGUGGUGGAGACCGCGGCGCAGUGGCGGGUUGCGAAGAUGAAAUGUACGAAGAGGCGGCGCCCGCGCACGGCGACCGGCUGUUCCACGCGUUCCUCACGCGGCUGCGCUGCAACCCGCAUCAGAUACUGAGAUACUCCCGAGAAGAGCCCCCACUACUAGGUGCUCCGCUCCCCGGCACCGCUUCUACCCCCGAUUCCCCGUCGACCCCUACAAAGUGUUCCCGAUGCGGCUCCCUCCUUAUCUGUGAACUACAACUCGUCCCAGAAUUCGCUGAAACUCUCAAUCUUCAACCACACAACACUACACUUUCACACCUACAUUUCCUUUCAAUCCUCAUUUUCACAUGCGCGCAAAGCUGCUGGCAGCAAUCUGAUACCCUCGUCAAAGAAACUGUGGUCUUCCAACCGGAGGUGUAAGACUUUAGCCUCCAACUAUGUAAUCUACUGCAAUACUUCACUUAAGACCCAGUACUUGAUCGAUAAGAAAGCUGUAGUAAAUAAUACUUGAUCAAGUUUAUAAUUUUCUCUUUAUAUAAAUAAGAUUUAUCUCAAUUUUUCAUUGUAAUUUAUAUUUCACAUUUUGAAGUUGCUUCUUUACUAUUUACUGCUAUAUCAUGGUACGCUGAUCUUUUGCAUUCCGUCUUUGAUGUAGAUAUUUGUUAAUAUGCCAUAGGAAUAUGCAUACCUUCCUGUAAAUGAUUGAUAUAAAUCGGAAAUACCAUGAAAUCGGAAAUAAUAAAAUAAAUAUUUUUUCAAUAAUAUUAUACUUUAUUUCCUAAUGGCAUAUACGAUAUCUUGUUAACACUUGUAAUGAAUAUUAAUUUUAAAAGCUAUGAGGGCAAAGUCAUAUUGUAAAUUGAUUAUUACUUUAAAAAAGUAAAAUUUAUAUUAUUCAAAGAAAAAUAAAUCUUUUAAACUUUAUUAUUAACUUACGCACUAAGUUUUAGAUAUUAUUGUCUUGUUUUACCUUACAUAGGUUCUAUGAAUAGUAUACUCACCAAAUGAAAAAUGGGUAUAUUUUAGUAAAUAAGUAAUAAUGACUUAAUCUUAUUUUUUUCUGUGUCUUGAAAAAAGCGACAAACUCUUGAUACUGAUAGAAAUGUUUACCAUUUACGUUAUUAUUUAUGCACAGAAUAUGUUUGCGUAUUGCGUGAUAAUCUGCCAAAAUAAAGUAAGUUUUAGAAACUACAUGUUACCAACUAUUAGUUAAGACAAUGGUAACUGAUAAGUAGGUAGAUAGACGACUGGUUGCCUUUUAGAAUUUUAAUGGGCAUAACCAAUAUAUUUGCAUUUAUAUAUAUCUUAUUAUACUUUGGAUUUUGUAGAAAAUAGAUAACUUUUAUUCGAUUUCCAUCCAUUUUAAACAGUAGAUGUUUCAAUAUUGAUGUUAGUAAAAUGAGAAAAGUAAAUCUCAAUUAACUUUUAACUGUGAUUUUAAUCAGAAAUUAAUAUAAAGUAAAAAUAGUGCCGAUCCAUGAAAUUGUUAAUUAACCUUUAUUAGAAUAAUAAGCCAUUUUAUUUGUUAAAAUACA